AUGAAGCAGGUAGCCAUUCACGCCAAGGCCGAACACUUCAACUCCAAAGGAUUGCCUUCGGCAUCUAUUGGCCCGUCGACAAACACAGGUCAGCCUUCGGCAUCCACUUAUGACCGUUUUCCUCCACAUCAGACCGCUAACCAAGCUCCCUACCGAACGGCACCCACUGUACCCACACCUUACACAACCGGGGACAAGCGAAGUGACUCGUUCCAGGGUCGGCAGGACAGAGGCAAACGCAAUAAGGAGUCGGGUGGUCGAAACUUCCGAAGCACCAAAAGCGACCGACCGCCAGAGGUCUUCACCAUUCUCAACUCGACUUACGAGCAUGUCCUCAUGGCCGAGAAUCAGAUGAUUCCGAAGCCAAGCCUCUGGAAGCUCCCUCGGCAAGUCGACAAGGACACCGGAGUCUUCUGCCGAUACCACUAA